UAUAAACGGAAACAACAUUUAAAUCAACACAAAACGAGCGAACAUUCAAUUAAUAACACAAUUAAUAACAUCCAGUAUUUUCACUGUCUUUGGACUGAUUGUAAAUAUAAGACUCAACGCAAAUGGGAUUUAAAUCAACACCAAUUGAGUCAUUCAGAUAUAAAACAAUUUAAAUGCAAUUAUAAUGAUUGUAAUAAACGUUUUAAAAAUCUAAAGAAUUUAAGUAAACACAAAAAUACAGUUCAUUUCAUUAAGAAAUUAUUUAUUUGUGAUGUUAAAGAUUGCAACAAAAGUUUUUCCAGAAAACGAAUGUUAUUUCAACACAAAAGUUGUGUUCAUUUGAAUGAAAAGCGAUUUAAAUGUAAUGAAGAAAAUUGUGGCAAAAGUUUUGGCUAUGAAUCACAUCUAUAUAAACAUAAACGGUUGCAUUCGGGAGAAAAACCAUUUAAAUGUGAUUUCAAUGAUUGUAAUGAAUGUUUUAAACAAAAAUCUCAUUUAAAUGAACACAAAAAUUUCAUUCAUUCAAAUCGCUUAAUUCAACACAAAAAUAGCGUUCAUUUGAAUGAAAAACAAUUAAAAUGUAAUGAAGAAAAUUGUGGCAAAAGUUUUGGCAAAAACUCAGAUCUAAUUAAACACAAACGCAUUCAUUCGGGAGAAAAACCAUUUAAUUUAAAACGACAUAAAAUAUGCUUUCAUUUAAAUGAAAAACGAUUCAAAUGUAAUGAAAACAAUUGUGGCAAAAGUUUUAGUAUUAAUUCAGAACUAAAUAAACACAAACGCAUACAUAAGGGAGAAAAGCCAUUCAAAUGUGAUUUCAAUGAAUGUAAUAAAUAUUUUACAGCAAAAGGAAGUUUAUAUAAACACAAAAGAUGUGUUCAUUUGAAAGAAAAGCGAUUUACAUGUGAUGUAGAAAAUUGUGGCAAAUGUUUUACAAGUAAACCAAAUCUCAUUAAACACAAAGUCUCUCAUUCGGGAGAAAAGCAAUUUGAAUGUGAUGUCAAUAAUUGUAACGAAGGUUUUGCACAAAAACGCCUUUUGUUUGAACACAGAAGGAGUUGUCAUUUGAAUGAAAAACGGUUCAAAUGUAAUGAAGAGAAUUGUGGCAAAAUAUUUGGUACAAAAGCACAACUAAUUCAACACAAAUUGACGCAUUCAGGAGAAAAACCGUUUAAAUGUGAUUUCAAUAAUUGCAACAAAACAUUUCGAUCGAAAUCACAUCAUCACUUAAUUGAACACCAAAUAACGCACUCAAAUGAGAGACAAUUUAAAUGUGAUUUUAAUGAUUGUAAUGAAAGUUAUAAAUGGAAAUCACAAUUAAUUGGACAUAAAAAUAGUAUUCAUUUAAAGUUAAAUAAGAGAUUUAUUUGUGAUUUUAAAAACUGUAACAAAAGUUUUGCAUCAAAACUAUAUUUAUUUCAACACAAAAGUUGUGUUCAUUUAAAUGAAACGAAAUUCAAAUGUGAUGAAGAAAAUUGUGGCAAACGUUUCAUACAAAAUCACGAACUAAUUGCACACAAACGCAUUCAUUCGGGAGAAAAACCAUUUAUUUGCGAUAUUAACGAUUGUAAUAAAAGUUUUGCGCAAAAAUCAAAUUUAAUUUCCCACAAAAAUCGUAUUCAUUUAAAGGCAAAGCGAUUUCAAUGUAAUGAAGAAAAUUGUGGCAAAAGCUUUACUAAUAAAUCAUAUCUAAUGCAACACAAAAGCAUACAUUCGGGAGAACAACGAUUUAAAUGUGAUUUCAAUAAUUGUAAUAAAGGUUUUACAACAAAAACUCAUUUAAUUCGACACAAAAGUUGUGUUCAUUUAAAUGAAAGACCAUUUAAAUGUGAAGAAGUAAAUUGUGGCAAAAGUUUUCAAACAACAGCACAUCUAAAUGAACACAAACUCGUACAGUCGGGAGAAAAACCAUUUGUUUGUGAUUUUACUGAUUGUAAUCAACGAUUUUCAUUAAAAGGAAAUUUAAUUCGACAUAAAAAAGGUUUUCAUUUGAAUGAAAGGCCAUUCAAAUGUAAUGAAGAAAAUUGUGGCAAAAGUUGUAGUUCAACGUCAGAUCUAAUUAAACACAAACGCACGCAUUCGGGAGAAAAACUUUUUAAAUGUGAUUUCAAUGAUUGUAAUAAAUGUUUUACAACAAACGCAAGUUUAGUUAAUCACAAAAAAUGUGUUCAUUUGAAAGAAAAGCGAUUUAAAUGUGAUGAAGAAAAUUGUGGCAAAUGUUUUACAAGUAAACCAAAUCUCAUUCAACACAAAGUCGCUCAUUGGGGAGAAAAGCAAUUCAAAUGUGAUGUCAAUAAUUGUAACGAAAGUUUUGCACAAAAAAGCCUUUUGUUUGAACACAGAAGGAGUUGUCAUUUGAAUGAAAAACGAUUCAAAUGUGAUCAACAAAAUUGUUGCAAAAUGUUUGAUAAAAAUUCACAACUAAUUCGACACAAAUUUAGGCAUUCGGGAGAAAAACCGUUUAAAUGUGAUUUCAAUAAUUGUAAUAAAGCCUUUCAAACGAAAUCCGGUUUAAAUCGACAGAAAAAAUCUAUUCAUUUGAAGGAAAAA